AAUCCCACAGACUACAGCAAUGUGCGGAUAAACCAAAAUUUUUAACUAUACAAAUCAAAUAAUUAAAUUUCGAUAUAAACUAAGGUCAAGAUGGCACACGCAUUCUGCGCUCCCGCGAACGUCAUCGUCCCAGCGUCACGUACCGCAGUAGCCCACCACCGUCCGUCACCAAACAUUCACUUACUUCCACCAACGAACCAUCGCCGGCAGCUGACGUCACGGCCACUAAAAACAACGCCAAUCAGAAGCAGCGCUAAUUCUGCAUUUGAUCUUAAAGGUGGCAAAGGAAUGAGUAGAUUUCAUGAGAUAGAACUUAGUGUUCGAGAUUACGAAUUAGAUCAGUAUGGAGUUGUGAACAAUGCUGUGUUUGCAAAUUAUUGUCAACAUGCUCGUCAUCAACUUAUGGAUAAGAUUGGUGUAAGUAUUGAUUGGAUUGCUCAGAGUGGUAAUGCUGUAGCAUUGUCCGAAUUGUCCCUCAAGUAUCUUGCACCUCUGAGGAUUGGCGAUAGAUUUACCAUGAAAGUGAGAAUAUCUGACUCUUCCGCUGCACGUCUAUACUUUGAACACUUCAUUACCAAGAUCCCUACUGAAGAGCCAAUUUUGGAGGCGCGGGCAACUGUAGUUUGGCUUGACAAAAACUACCGUCCAGUUCGUAUUCCAUCAGAGGUGAGAUCCAAACUAGUCCAGUACCUUCGUCAUGAGGAGUCCAACUGAUGUAUGAAUGUAUCACGGAUCAUCAUUUUUUGGGGUGGGCGACCAUUUGAGAUAUUUUACAUGAUAAUGAGCAACAAUAGUAGGUGAUAUUCUAUAUUCACAACAAAACUUAGCUAUACAUAACAAAGACAUCCUUUUGGCGUUUAAAUAAAUUAGUACCAACCCUCGGUUUCAAACUGAAGCCAUGGAGACUUAUAAGUGAAACUUCUACCAAUAGUUAUAGAACAGGGUUGGUAACAAAGACAUUCCUUAGUAGUACAUUGCACGAUGUAGAAUUAUGUAAUGCAAAAUAUUGUUGUAUAUGGCUAACUCUUGUUGUGUACAAAUCACUUCCGAUCAUCUGACAUAGUGUACGAAAUGUAAGUUUCAUCCUCUAUUCGUGUUUUGUUAUAAUUUUGUUAUUUGUUCUCAAAGGAUGCUUUCAUGAUUUAUGUAGUAGAAGUAGAUAUUGUGUGUGAA